AAGGUACGAUCAUUGCUUGUCUAUAAUUUUUAGCGUUUUUUUUUCUUUUAAUUGCCGACAUCGUUUCGCGAUCGACCGUCUGCCGCCGCCAUGUCGCUGAGGAACGUCGCCCGGAAGCUGCUGUUGUCGCGCCCGAGGACUUUCGGCGCCGGUCAGCCCGGGUCAUCGCCCAACCUAGCGCCGCCGCCGCCGCAACAGCAACCCCGCCGGUCCGUCGGCGCGUACGAGAACGACGGCAAAACGUACGUGUCCAUGUUGAACAACAACAACAUCCGGGACGGCAUCAUGAUUUCCGGUUACAGCCAGUACGGGUUCCGGUUGAACAACGGGUUCGUGGUGCUCGGGCCGGUCGUGUGCUUCGCCAACUCGAUAUUGGCCUGGCGCGUGGAGGACGACCGGGACGUGACCGUCGACUCGCUGUCGAUGCUGUUCCACCUGGAACCCCCGCCCGCCGUCAUCGUGCUGGGCAUGGGCGACUCGCCGCAGCGGAACCGCCGGGACGACAACCGCCGGAAGCCGCAGCUGCUCCGGCAGCACUUCGACAAGGUGGUGUGGGCCGCGGCCCGCCAGUACGGGUGCACCGUCGAGAUACUGCCGGUGGACGCGGCGCUGGCCACGUACAACUUCAUCAUCAGCGAGGGACGGCACGCGGCCGGCGCGUUCAUACCGCCGCGGUUCAUACCGGCCAUGGACGACGACGCGGUCACGGCCAACGCGCGGCACGUCCACCUGUACGGCGAGAGCGUGCCGGUCACCGACGUGUGGUUGGACGCGGAGGAGCGCAGCGAGCUGAUAAACGCCAACUACCGGGAGUUCGGCGAGGUGGUCGGCGCGCAGAGGGCGGCCGAACAGGAGAUGCGGUCCAAGCUGGCCGGCGACCGGAAGCCGGGCGACGGACCCGAGAAGAAGAUCCGGUGAUCUGCGACGAACUCGUUCGUAACCCCUUUGCUGUAAUAUAUAGUCGACCGUUGUUGUAAUCGCGUUCCCCCUCGCGCAGCAGAGACCGAACGUGCUCUUCUGCUGCCGUGUGUUCCCAAAACUAAGCGUUUUGUUGUUGUUGUUGUUGCUGUUGUAAAAAUAUAAUAUACGUACAAUAUUAAUUUGUUUGCCUUUCUGCAACUAUAUAUUGUGUGCCUAUAUAUAUGUAUAUAUUAUAAUAUCGGUAAACUAUUUAAAAACGA